AUGGACGAGUGGUACACAGCGGAGUCUGACUCCGAGGAUAUCGCCGCAGGCAUCCGCGAAGACGGGCAGGAAGCUAAUGAUGUCCUAGACGAGGACCCUAAGUGUCCCCCGAUCCAAUUUUCGGCCGCGGAGGAACGCCUAUUUUGCAGAGAUCUCCGGUCGGCACUGGUGGUUAAAGCCCUAGGCCGAUCAGUGUCGUACACUGCCAUGUCUAUCCGCCUCAAUGCCAUCUGGGCGAAGGUGGGGGGUAUCCAGGUUACCUCCAUGAAGAAAGGAUAUUUCCUAAUUCGUUUUACAAGUGGAGUAGACUACGAGCGGGCCAUCACAGGUGGACCAUGGAUGAUCGGACCGAGCUACCUCACUGUUCACAUGUGGGAUAAACAUUUUAACCCGUAUGAACACGAGAUAUCAUCCACGGUGGUCUGGGCACGCCUUCUGGAUCUUCCGAUACAUUAUUUCCACCAGGAAGCGGUGAUGAAGAUAGGGCGUCGCAUGGGCAAACCAAUACGCAUUGAUGCCGCCACGCGCACAAAGGCUCGAAGUGACUAUGCGAGAGUGUGUGUUCAGGUCGAUCUCACCAAACCACUCCUAUCACAGUUUACCAUUUAUGGGAAAAAAUAUUUCAUCCAAUACGAAGGUUUGGAUAAGAUCUGCCUAAGUUGUGGUACGUACACAGAGAUAGGUGCAUGCCCAUGCACGCAGGCACAAACUCCGAUGGAGGUUGACAGCAGCAGUGCGGUGAACCAAUCGGCAGCUGAAGAACCCCAACAGGAGGCUCUAUAUGGUGAUUGGAUGAUAGCAAAACGAAAACCGAGGCAACAGAAUAAGGAGCAACCCACUCGAUCUCAGAAGGGGGGAGGCAGCCAGCUGAAGGGGAAGGAACCAACUAGAGACUCUGCGCCCGGGUCUCGGUUCGACGUGUUGCAAGCGGAAGACCUGCAGGAGACCUCAGUCGAGCACCCAGCCCCCGGAGGAGAUAUAUCACAGGAAAAAUCGACCACCUACACCCAUGUGAAGAAAAAAAAGUGUCCCAGGCUGAUACUGUUGGGCCGAAGAUUACCCCAAUGCAGAAUUCCUCACUCGAGAAAGCAUCCUCACACCGCGGGUUACACAACGUGGAGAAGCUGCCGGAAACACCAAGGAGAGCUCCCCAUAAUGUGCAAACAACCAUGGUUGGAACGGGGAAAAGUACUCCCCCUAUCUCAUCUACCCAAAUAUCCGAGGGUCGCAAGGCGCUGUCAGCUCCGCGACCUGGCCAGGAUAGAAUGGGAGGGGGACAGUAUGAUCAUGACAUGGUGGAGGAGCCUUCGGACGAUAUUGGAAGCCCCAAAGGCCCCCAUAGGGCUCUUGACGGUGAAAGGAGGACCAAAUCGACGAUGA